AUGGACUCUUCCAAACAUGCCAAUAAUGCCAAAAAACUCUCUGUCUUGCGGUUUGCAGCAGACCCUAAUGAGUUCUGCAGCUCCCCAUUUGUUAAUAAACUAGAAGCCCUUCUCAAAUUCUCUGGUUAUCCGGUGCAAGUCGAGCGCGGCGAUAUCAUGAAAAUGCCCCGGAAACUGCUUCCAGCUCUCAAGAUCGACGAGGAGAUUGUACCGGAUUCAGAGUUCGCCUAUGACACUUGCGUCGUGAGAGGCAUCGCUGAAUGCCUCGACUACAAAGUGCACCUUACUGACAAGGAGCAAGCUAUCACCGUCGCGAUUCGAGCACUGGUCGAGACAAACUUAGUAGAGGCGAUGAGCUAUGAAAGGUGGAUUGAACAUUGGUAUGAGACUCGCGAUUUGUACCUUGUCGACAUUCCUGCUAUGGUACGCCCUCCAGUCGCAUAUUGGCUGGUCUAUCGUCCAACUAUGAGCCGCUUCUACGGGACAGGAUACGCCAGACUGUCAGAUGAAGAACGACGCACCAAGGUCAAAAAGGAGAUUGACGCAUUAAGCGCCUUCGUUCCUUCCACCGGAUACAUUCUUGGAAAAUCUGCACCAACUCGCAUCGACGCAUGCGUGCACGGUUUUCUCAGUGCUAAUCUUCGUUGCGGACACUCGGGCCCGAGUUUUCUGUCAUCAGUCUACGUGGAAGGCAUCUGCUGCGAGUCUUGGGACUACUGCGAUCCGACCCUGGACUCAAAUAAAAGGCCCAAAGUCAACAGUACAGGCCUUCAAGUAAUCAUGGACUCCUCUAGGCCCAUAGACAGUACCAACCAAGUCUCACUCUUGAGGUUCGAGGCUGACCUCAAUGAGUUCUGCAGUUCUCCCUUUGUCAAUAAGCUGGAGGCCCUUCUCCGAUUCUCUGGCCACCCGUUGCAACUCGAGCACGGAGAUAUCAUGAAAGUGCCUCGGAAAUUACUUCCGGUUCUGAAAAUAAACGAUGAAAUCGUGCCCGAUUCAGAGCUUGCUUACGACACUUGUGUCUCUAAAGGCUUCAUUGACUGCCUUGACCGCAGAGCCCUCCUUACCGACAAGGAGCAAGCUGUCACUGUCGCGCUACGAGCCCUAGUUGAGACAAAUCUGGUAGAGGCAAUGGGCUAUGAAAGAUGGAUCGACAAUUGGUACGAGACCCGCGAUCUGUAUCUCGCAGAUAUUCCAGCCAUGGUGCGCCGUCCAGUCGCAUAUUGGUUUGUCUAUCGUCCAACAAGAAGUCGCUUCUACGCGACGGGUUACGCUAGACUCUCAGACGAGGAACGCCGUACGAAGGUCAAAAAGGAGAUUGACGCAUUGAGCGCCUUCGUUCCUUCCACCGGAUACAUUUUUGGAAAAUCUACACCAACUCGUAUCGACGCAUCCGUGCAUGGUUUCCUCAGCGCGAACCUUCGAUUUCCACAAUUAGCACCUCAUAUAAUUGAGGAAGUCUAUCGACAUGACAACCUACUUCAAUACCACCGACGACUCACGGCAGAGUUUUGGCCUGAGAGAAAGCAACUUGUGUAA